CCGUAAUAAGCGUAUAUUUCUGCCGAGUGAUCUUUUUUUACGAAAAUUAAUUUGACACGUCUUAUCCGUGUCUGAUCUUUUUUGGAUUUUACACGAAGAGACGCGGAAGGAUUCGUUCGUGUCUCAAAAAUCGUCUCGGAAAUGUCUAUGCGGUGCAAAUCGUCGGAUUCGCCUAAGAGCUUAAUUUCAUUCAAAUCAUGCCUAGUGUUCGAUCGCCGUAUUGAUGUCCGUGGCGCGAAAACUUUCGAAUUUGUAUCCCGUCAUGCGCAGACACGCAACCGUAAACCAAGUAUGUUCAAAUGAACUCCCAUAAUUGUAUUGUGCGAGACGAAAUUUUUUUUAAGUAAUUUUAAUAGAAUUUCGCUUAAUAUGUUCGUUUAUAUUCGUAAUGCAGAAACAAGGCUGUAUUCGAAAGAUUAACGUACGAAGUAAAAAUUAGGUUAGAAUCGGUUGAAGCAUGUUAUUGUAAGUUGUUAUCUCAACGUGCUAACGACACAAUUAAUUAUAAAAUUUAUCAUAUUUAUCAAAGGGAAUUUUUAUUGUUGCUUAAACCUUGUAAUUGCUAUUGUAAAUUUGGAGAAAGUUAUAUUUAGAUUUAGACGCAUUAAAACUGGAAUUACUCAUCAACGACGUCAUCACUAAUACUAAAUUCCUUCGACAUGUCAAUUCCAGCAAGAAAUAGAAUAACGUGUGAAAUUAGGUAUUUAUUUUUACAUAUAAAUUGUACAAAACUUUAAAUUGUAUAGAAUGAUAUGUGGAACAUACUGGAAUGUACAAACUCAAAAUUCACAAUACGAGUUCCUGUUUAUGUUUAUAUCCGAUCGAUGUAUAGAUUAAGUUUUAUCUAGUCGUAUAUCAUUUCUCACCACACGUGUGAUAUAAAAAUCUGAUAUCUGAUGUUUACUCUUAUUUCUCACUCAAAGAGAAUGUCCACUAUUGAUCAAUAGUUGUGCCUUUCUAACAAGGAAAUAUCUUUUAGCAGAUAGGCAAAAUUUCAACAAACCUUGUACAGUCACAUCAAAAUGUCGUCCAUAAGUCAAAAGACAAGUCCUUCUGACGAAUACAUUAAUAUGGAACAGUUGCUGUCAGUCCAAUUUGCGAAUGAAAAUGAAGAGUACAUCAUACCGAACGAUCUAACUUCUAUUAUUCCAUAUGCUACAUUAAGAAUGCGCAAUAUUGCCCAUUUAUCUAAUGAAGAAUGCGCUAGUGCAAUUGCCAAUCACCUGCAAUCCAGUAGUAAAUUUAUGCAGGAUGAUUCUGCAUCGAAACGUUUUAGGAUGGAAACAUUGAGAGCGAUGCCGCAGUGCCUUACUGUAAAAAGAUCUGUUAAGUCGCAACUAGUGGCAACUGUUAACCAAAAGACAAGGAAAAAACCGAUUAGCUAUUGGAAAUUGCUGAGAUAUAACAUUAGCUUGAAAUUUAGGAAGGCUCGGACAGCAACACAGAACUCUUUGCAGACAAUGAAGUUGUGGCAUCAAACAAUUAAAGCAAUUGAGAGUCGUAGUGGAAGCGGUAUAGCCACGUACUUCAAAUUUCUGCGAUGGUUAUUGUUCCUCAAUAUAAUUCCCUGCAUUUUGAGUGUAUCCUUCAUCGUGAUUCCACAAUCACUGGACCAAACACACGUGCCAGACUAUGACGGUGUUAAGAUACUGGACUUUUUAACGGGCAGUGGCUUUCUCUCACGCACAAUAAUGUACUAUGGUUUCUAUUCCAAUGGCACAGUAGACACACCGUUGGGUACCAAGUAUAGCAUACCGUUCGCCUAUUUCCUGACGCUGUUUUCCUGCUACACGCUUAUGUUUGUCAUACUUUCCGUCAAAGUGAUAUCUUCGUACAGGAAGAGUUACGUCGAGACGCGCGGAAAGGCGCACGAUUUGUACAGCAACAAGAUAUUUUGCGGAUGGGACUGCAGUAUAUCUUCGCCGAAAACCGCCGCUGUACAGUCAGCGUCCAUUUACAAAGAACUGGAGGAGUUGUUGGCCGAAACGAGACAGCGUGUGCCUUUGCAUUGGUUCGCCAAGUGCUCGUUAAUUAUAAUGCAACUCGCUGUGACAGCUGUCGUCCUGUUUAUGAUCUGUGGCGUCGGCGCGCUCGUGUGGAAACUGUUGGACCACUACAACAUAGGAACGUCUGGAUCCGUCUCGGUGAUGAUCGUACCGACAGUCAUCACCGUUAUCAUUCACAUCUUCCCAGCAAUUAUCUCCUAUUUAGCAUUGUUGGAACGUUACAACAACAAGCGCACGGAACUUUACAUAACGAUGAUGAGAAAUCACGCGGUUGCCGCGGCGAUAUUCGGCGUCCUCUUCGCCUUCUGGAUAAUCAACAGCACGUCGGACUGCUGGCAGACGGACUUCGGAGGAGAGAUCUAUCGACUGAUCGUACUGGACUUCAUCGUUUCCGUGCUCGGAGCGUGUCUGCAGUUUGCGCGCUCCGCGCUGUACAAGAGAGUCUCCACGAAGAUCGGCAGGCCGGAAUUCGACAUCGCUCGCGGCACAUUGAACCUGAUAUACAAUCAGACGCUCUUCUGGAUGGGCUUCUACUUCAGUCCGCUGAUCUCUUUUAUAAUUGUAAUGAAAAUGGUUGUCACAUUUUACAUAAAGAAGUACGAACUGGAGAGAUGUUACCAACGGCCGUCGCAGCCUUGGCGAGCGGCGCAGACGCAAACGCUGUUUCUGGCAUUCGCGUUUCUCGGCAUGAUCGGCGUGUUGCUCACGAUAGGCUACAUUAUCUCGAACGUGGAGAGCAACGACUGCGGACCGUUCAGGAAUCAUACUUACACCUUGGAUUACAUUGUCGACGGGAUGUUGUCGUUGAAGAGAGAUAGCGGAUUUUGGAGCGUGGUCUCGGACCUCGCGAGACCUGCGACUGGCGCCGCUAUUUUAAUCGGCAUGUGCGUUGCUGUGUAUUGUUUGCGGGCAAAAGUGAAUGCAAACAAGGAAAUGCUGCAUAUCCUGUCCGAGAUGCUCCUUCUGCAGUCCCAGGACAAACAAUUCCUCAUGAAAAGUUUCGCUAAUUUUGCCAAAGAACAUUCUGUGACGAGGGAAUCUGCUCACAGCGGAAUUGAUCUUACCCAACAUGCCGGACUUACGAAACGAAACCAAGGAAACGAAGGAAUUUCGUUUUCUCGCCGACGUUUUAAUUUACCGUCGACCAGUAUCGAAGAGAAAUAAUCAUACUGAGAGUAACACGCACUAGUUAACGGUUUGGUAGCAAACCAGCAAGAAAGACUUUUAUUAGGAAUGCAGUUGUAGAUAUCAGAACAUACUUGAGUAUAUUCGAAAGUAUCGUUGGUUUUAUACGAUUUGCCAAAAACCUGCUAAGAACUUGAGAAAACUCAAGAUUANAAAAAA